AAUAGACAGAAAAAGAGCAGCAAUAGAGACGACAGGAAGACACAGAGGGGAAAGACGGGGCGAGAAGCCAGAGGAGAGAGGAAGGGACGCAUAAUGAGAGAAGAAGAAGAAACCCAUUCCAGCUGUGUUUCUAUAGCAAAUAGAGCCGUGAGAACUUCUUCACAUUGAAGAAUUUUCCACUGCUCGCCAAGGGAACAAACAUUUACUUGUGACAUUUUUGGCCAGUAUCAGCUGUUUAUUUUUUGAUCAAGCUGUGAUUCAAACAAAAACAUCUAACAGUUGAUUAGACAGAAAUAACACAUUUCUGUGGAUAAGAAGUCUUGACGGUUCCUUUUGACUUUGUUUAUUUUGUACACCUAGAGCCUCUCUUGAGCCUGUCAUUUGAGGAGUUUCCAACAUGAGUGGAUACAACUCGACUCUGCUGGACAGCUUGCUCUUUGGCCCAAUGUGCGAUGGCUGGAGCAACAACACAGAGGGAGCCAUCUACCACUUGGGCAACAGCAUCCUGUUCCUGGGCUACAUGGGAGGCAGUGGGGCAUAUGGAUGCCUCUUCAUCUUUGGCUUCCUCACGCCCUCCUUCGUGUGCCUGACCCUGUGGGGUUGGCUGACGAUGUGUGGCCUGGACAUCCUCACCUGGAACCUGCUUCUGCUCAGUGCCUGCUUGGUUCAGAUCUGCCACCUCCUUUACCGGCUGCAUCAGCAAGGCCUGCCCAACGAGGAGCUGUCCUCCCUCUACCAGUCCGUCUACCUGCCGCUGGGCGUACCCAUUGAGGUGUUCAAGGAGAUUGCAAGUGCCUUUGAGAACAGGGUGGUGGAGCUGAAGGCAGGGCAGACGUACGCUGUGGAGGGCAAGACGCCCAUCGACCAGCUCUCCUUUCUGCUGUCCGGGAGGAUCAAUGUAUCUUUGGAGGGCCAGUUCCUGCAUUAUAUCUACCGCCACCAGUUCCUGGACUCUCCAGAGUGGGAGUCUCUCAGGCCAAAUGAGGAGGGAAAGUUUCAGGUGACCCUGACAGCAGAGGAAGACUCUCGCUACAUCUCAUGGCGUCGCCGCCGCCUCUACAUGCUAAUAUCGAAGGAGCGCUAUAUCGCCCGUCUGUUCUCUGUCAUGUUGGGCUACGACAUCGCUGAGAAGCUCUACAAUCUCAACAACAAGCUCUUCAUCAAGAGCGGCAUGCUCUUGGACAUCCGCCUGCCCAGCCUCUACCACGUGCUGGCCCCUGCCUCGCAGAGCAGCGAAGGCGGCAGCGGCAGUGACGGCGGCGCAACAAAGGAGCAACAAACUCAACAGCAGGUUGAAGACCAAGCUCCGGCCUACCAGAAGUCUGAUCCAGACCAGUCUCACCCCUUCCAACCACACCUGCAGGGACCAAGGAAGACCGCCCUGGAUGAACCUCAGGCCCCCCAGCAUGACCGCUACCACCACCCCUGGGCGUCAGACCCGGAGCUGCCCUCUGGAGGUGAUAGUGACGGGAAUCUACCACCUCGAUUCCAGAGGGGCAGAGCACCACUGGCUCCCACCGACACUCCCAAACUGUGAGAACACUCUCUCCUGGAAACACUAUAUAAUUUACAGUAUAGCAGUAUGAAGGUGUCACAUGUCACUUGUUAUGACACUGUCUCCUCCUCGCUCCCUGUGCUUGUUCUCACCUUAGUUCACAUCUUCAGUCUGAGCAUGCAGAGCUUUUGAUCUUCCUUCCCUCUAUUUAAAUUACAGUUUGAAUGCUGCAAGGCCAAUAUUGACACAUUUUUAUUAUAAAUAUUUGGUGCCAAUAUAUCACUUGCCCACAUAUUUUUCUUGUCAGGAUUUAAAACCUCUGAAGCAACAUUUAGCUUAUCAUGGGGCUCUAAAAUUGGACUUAAAUUCUGUUUAAGACAGAUUUAUCAAUUUAAAUGAAACUCCUGGAUAUUUUAGCAUUUAAAUUAAGAUAUUAUUCACAAAAUAUAAUUUAACAAUUGAGAGAAUCAAUGAGUGACAUGUUUUUCUGUAGCUGUCAUCAACUGUUCUAUUAAAAAUGGACAUAUUGACUUGCAGGUACUGUAUCUGUAACUGUCAAUAAUCAUCAAACCCUAAUUUAAAUCAUAAUUAUCCAUUAUCUUAAUUGGCACUGGAACACGGGGGAAAGAGAGGCAGCAGUAUUCCCAGCUUCACCUUGUAACUUACCAGCACAGUAAAUGUCUGAAAUGUUCUUUUAUGUUAUAAAAAUAGAUUCUAUGAUACUGAAACAGGUGAAUUUGUCUUUCAUCUCACUUAUAUUUGAUGUUGGAACUAUGAUUGUUUGAUUUGGACUUGACUUCACAUGAUUUAAUGUUAAAUUUGACUUUUGAUGUUUGUUUCACAGAUCACUACUCAGUGUUACAAAGUGCAUUGAUUGAACUUAGUGAGGGUUACUUACACAUUUUCCGGAUCUGACUGGUUUUGAAGGAUUUGGUCAGCACUCAAUAUAAAAAAUAUUACAUACGAACAUACGGUAUAAUUAAAAUGGACAGGUCUGUAUCAAUCCUUUGAAGAUCUGGAAAAUAUUUAGUUAUAAGUUAACAGACUAGUCGAGGAACAUUGUGGAUACAAAACCUCAAGUUGGCUUUUAUCUAUUUCACUUUCAUAUUUUGUUGGGCAUGUUUAGUUUGUGUACCUGAAUGCAUCAUGAUUUGAUUCGGUUCAGUGUCAAAAAUGUCUGCUGUGUUGGAAGUGAGCUUGUUGUACUGAUUUUCAGAGCAUGAUACCAAAUUCAUCUGGAGGACAACGUAUCACUUCUUCUUUGGCAAUAUAUCGGAUGCCUGUGCACCAUGUUUCUUUUUUCUAUUUUUAUAACUAGUUGAGUAUUUAAUACACACCUGUAUACUGUGAAUUGUGUUAUUUGUCUGUUUUUGACUUCCAAAAUUGAGAGAUGGGACUAAUACAAAGUUAUAAAAAUGUUUUUAAAAAGUAUUUUCAUGGGGCCAAGAUUUCUCCAUAAAGCUCUCUGUGUGCAGUGAAAAUGUAGUUUGUUUUCUGUGACUGUCUAAUUCCUGUCAUAUGUGUCACAUGAUCACAUCUAUUAUUACAGUAUACUACACUCACCGGACACUUUAUUAGGUAGACCUUACUAGUACCAGGUCAAACCCCUUUUGCCUCCAGAACUGCCGUAAUUCUUCAUCGAAUAGAUUCAACAAGGUGCUGAAAACAUUCCCCAGAAGUUUUGGUCCAUUUGGACAUGACGGCAUCACACAGUUGCUGCAGAUAUGUCGGCUGCAUAUCCAUGAUGCUAAUCUCCCGUUCCACCACAUCCCAAAGGUGCUCUAUUGGAUUGAGAUCUGGUGACUGUUGAGGCCAUUUGAGUACAGUGAACUCAACCAGUUUGAGAUGAUGUGAGCUUUGUGGCAUGGCGUGUUAUCCUGCUGGAAGUAGCCAUUAGAAGAUGGACACACUGUGGUAACUGUGGACAAUACAAUACUCAGGUUGGCUGUGGUGUUUAAACAAUGCUCAAUUGAUAUGUCAUUACAGUAAUCGAGAUUCAUCAGACCAGGCAAUGUUUUUCCUUUCCUCUAUUGUCCAAUUUUGGUGAACCCAUGCGAAUUGUAGCCUCAGUUUCCUGUUCUUAGCUGACAGAAGUGGCACCCGGUGUGGUCUUCUGCUGCUAUAGCCCAUCUGCUUCAAGGUUCUACAUGUUCUGCAUCCAGAGAUGCUCCUCUGCAUACCUCAGUUGUAACAAGUUGUUAUUUGAGUUAACUGUUGUCUUUCUAUUAGCUUGAACUAGUCUAGUCAUUCUCCUCUGACCUUUGCCAUCAAAAAUGUGUUUUCGCCCAGAGAACUGCCGCUCACUGGGUAUUUUCUCUUUUUCUGACCAUUCUCUGUAAACCCUAGAGAUGGUUGUGCGUGAAAAUUCCAGUAGAUCAGCAGUUACUGAAAUACUCAAACCAGCCCGUCUGGCACCAACAACCAUGCCACGUUCAAAGUCACUUAAAAUCACUUUUCUUCUCAUUCUGAUGCUUGGUUUUAACUUGAGUAGAUCGUCUUGACCAUGUCUACAUGCCUAAAUGCAUUGAGUCCCUGCCAUGUGAUUGGCUGAUUAGAUAUUUACGUUAAUGAGCAGUUGAACAGGUGUACCUAAUAAAGUGACUGGUGAGUGUGUAUUAACAUUAUAUAUAAUAUUAAUAUACUGUAUUACUAUAUGCAAGAAUUCUUCCAGUUUUUUCAG